AAUGGCUGAAAGUGGGUCCCACUUCAUUGACUUCUUGCCAUCGAUGGCGGAGAUGUUGGGAGCGGAGCAGUUCAUGGGGGAGCUUUGCAAUGGGUUCCGUUUGCUGAUGGAUGGUCAGACGGGCCUGAUCACGUUCGAGAGCCUGAAACGGAAUUCAGCUCGCUUGGGGUUACAUGGAUUGCAAGAUGAUGAUGUUUUGAGCAUGUUGAGGGAGGGGGAUUUGGAUGGAGAUGGGGCAUUGAAUCAGAUGGAGUUUUGCAUCCUGAUGUUUAGAUUGAGCCCGGAUUUAAUGGCUAGAUGAAGACGAAUAUUUGAUGGGCCUGUUAUUUAAGGUCCUUUGAUGGUUUUAUUCACUAACUUGUUUAAUGGCAAAGGUGGCAUUAUUUUGUUAUGGGUUUCUUUUUU